AUAUCACUACAGAAACAAAUAACAAUGAAUCAUAUACGGCCACUAUUCUGCGACGGACAGCAGAGAUAACAUCUCGAUUACCGAUCGAGAAGGACAUCAUUAUGACAGAUGAACAAAGGUUACUCUACAAACUGAUGGAUAAUUACGACAACUCGGUGAGGCCAGUGAUGAAAGCAUCCUCUCCAGUAGUAGUUCAUCUUGGCAUCACGCUCACACAAAUCAUGGAUAUUGAUGAAAAGAAUCAAAUUUUAACAUCAAACGUCUGGUUAGACCAGUCGUGGUUUGAUGAGAAGCUCAACUGGGAUCCAAACGACUUCAGCGGAAUCACUAAGUUUAGGAUUCCCUGUGACUUCAUUUGGCGUCCAGACAUAGUUCUCUACAACAGUGCUGAAAGCCUCAAUCAGGGAUAUAUGAAAAGUCUUGCAAUGAUUGAAGCUAACGGAAGUGUUUUUUGGCCGCCAAUUGUACGCAUGCGUAGUUCGUGCAAAAUGGACAUCACUUAUUUCCCAUUCGAUGACCAAAUUUGCAAGCUAAAGCUCGGAUCUUGGGCUUAUGAUGGCUUCCAAGUCGAUGUUACAAACCUCACAGAUAAUAUUGAUCUAUCAAAUUAUGUGAAUAAUGGUGAAUGGACGUUAGUCGCCACAAAAGUGAUACGAAAUGAAAUAACAUAUCCCUGCUGUCCGGAACCCUUCCCAGAUGUGACAUUCUACGUACAAGUUCGAAGAAGGAUUUUGUACUAUUGUUUUAAUGUAAUUAUACCGUGCGUCCUUCUAUCCACCCUCUCCUUAACGGGCUUCUGUCUCCCUCCAGAUUCUGGCGAAAAGGUCACGCUAGGAUUAACAGUUCUCUUAGCCUUUUCCGUCUUCAUGUUGCUAAUUGCCGAAAAUAUGCCUGCCACUUCAGAAUUCGUUCCUUUGAUUGGUAUUUACCUGACCGUUAUAAUGGCUAUGAGUGCUCUGUCCGUGGUAUUUUCCGUUUUCAUCCUAAACCUUCAUCACCGUGGUAGUUUCCAAUCCGGACCGCCGUACUGGCUACGUAAAUUCUCCUACUUACUCUCAAGGGCCCUUUGCAUGGAAUGGACGGACACUAUCCCGAACCGUUAUUGCCAUUCUUCGCUUCAUAACAAAAUGGAAAAACUUUCCAGAGAAUCGUAUGGCUCAGAUCGUCACAGUCAUUGUGGAGUGCGCUGUAACGGUCUCGGCCAUGAGAAGAUAACAGACUGCUCCAGCUCAAGUGGUGUUAGUGCACAAACACAUUCGAUACUGACUCCAGAGAACUCCUUUGAUGACGAAAUGAUGCGCUAUCUUCGGUACAUCAUCGCAAUGAACGACCGAUGUAUGGUGGAAAGAAAAUUCAUUCAAGAGUGGCAGGAAAUUGCUAAAGUCAUGGAUCGAUUUUUCUUCGGAGUUUUUCUGGGGAUCACAGUAUCGUCUACAAUUAUCUUACUAGUAGUUAACCCUAUGACCAAAGACAUCAGCUUGGAGCAUACAUUGCCGUAAAUUAUACACAUACAUAGUGAUUUAUGAAAAUAUACACAUACAUAUAUACAUACCAUAAACCGGUAUCAAAUUGACAUUGUAAAUACGGCACCAAAAUGGUUUACUGAAAUAUAUAAAAUGGAACAGAAAAACGAAAAUGCAGAACAAUAUUCAAAUUUACAAGAAAAAUGGACAUUCGUCUUUUACACAUACAAACACACACACCUGCGUAUUCAUGUGUAUAUCUGCAUGUAUAUACAGGUACUUACACACGUAUACACAUACAAAGACACAUAUUACAAAUAGACGCACACAUGUACACAAAUACACGCAAAUAUAGUAUGUGUAUGUAAUAACAUGGAGGGAGGCUUGGUUUUUAAGCGAUUAUUAAUGUCUGUUUUUUAUGGACAACUGCAACAAUGAAUACCGUUAAUGUGUGGCUGCGACAACAAUCGUGAAAUACGAAACUUCCACAACGACGUGGAUAGCUUUGGAUAUUGCUACGUCAUUGCAUAUGUGUUUGUGGCAAUGAUACAAUAUACUCAAGGACACUACGAAACAUAUACAAAGAAUUACAUAUACUACAGACACACGUCUAUGUAUACAUACAUAUAUAUACACAUACACAAAGAGAUAUACGUACGUCUGUGUGUAUGUAUGUAUGUAUGCAUGUAGACGUGUGUGUGUGUGUGUGUGUUUGUAGUUCGGUUCAUAACAAUCGAUGACCUUUGAAUCUAUUCUUUCGGAAUGGUGAAUAAACUCAGUAUUCACGCUCUAAUGAUAACAAUUACAUAUAUAUAAGUCCAUGAGUAACAUUUAGAGUCCCUACUCAAUAACAUAUUUCCACAUACAAGCAAAUUAAUCAAAGCUUACAAGCUAUAAAUAUAUGUACUUAUGUAGGUAUGUACUCUACAUGUAUGUACGUAUGUUGGUACAUAUGUAUCAA